AUGCUCAGAAACUCAUUUGUCAAACGGCCGCUUAGCUCUCUGAGACCAUUGUCUGCAAGAUCUCCCUCAUUGAAUCUGUUCGCCAUGGCCUCCCGCAACUAUCACUUCCCCGCAAAUCACCCUAUUCUUUCCAAACUUGCGGCUCAUCCUGAAAAUGCAGUUGCCAUCCGUCACGUUCCCUCCGGAAAUGCCUACACAUAUGGACAGAUGCUACGUGACAUUGGCUUCUGGCGCGAAAAGUUCCAGGAGCUGACCGGCGUAUCCGAUAAGGCUGGGCCCACCAGUACCAGUGCACGUAUUGCUAUUAUGGGUGAAAACUCAUAUCAGUUUGCCGUCAUGUUCUACGCCGCUCUGGCCCUGCCAAAUACUCUUGCUGUCCCUCUCUGUACAAACCAUACUGCUGCAGAGAUUGAGUAUCAGCUCAACGACUCGCAGGCCGAGAUUGUCGUCACUCCAGUUCGGUUUCUCCCUAAAGUCGAGCAGUUUGCAAAUGAAGCUGUCAAAACAACCGAUGGCGCUGAAAAGUCACGAAAAGUCUUGACUUUUGAACAACUCCAGCCAGAACCAGCAAAGACAAUCAAAGAACCAGUCGAGUUUUCAGAUAGUGUGUCUAGCAGCGGUGCUGGCUACAUGCUCUACACUUCUGGCACAUCUGGUAAACCUAAGGGCGUUGUUACCCCUCUGUCAACAUUUACUGCUCAAGCCAAGGCUCUUUCUGCAGCAUGGGAAAUCGAUAAUACUACUAAUUUCCUUCAUACACUUCCCCUCCACCAUGUCCAUGGCGUGCUGAUUGCCCUAACUCUUUCUGUCUUGGCUGGUGGCCGUGUCGAGUUCCUUUUCCCCUUCAAGCCUGAUUCUCUGCUGCAUCGUCUUGCUGGUACAGAUGUAUUUGACGUUCUUGCAUCUGGUGAGCGUGUGCCAUCACCCCCCAUUAACACAUACACGGCUGUUCCCACAAUCUACACACGUCUAGUCACAUUUCUGGAUGAUCCUGCUAAUACCGAGUUUUCUGCUUCUCCAGCCCUUAAGCAAGGUAUCCGUAACCUCCAAUUGGCCAUGUGCGGCUCCGCUGCUCUUCCAGAUCCUCUGCGAUCGUCUUGGGACCGUGUUACUGAUGGUGCAGUCCCAUUGCUCGAGCGUUAUGGUAUGACUGAAACAGGUAUCACUCUUACUCAGCCCCUCGAGCCUUCCAAGCGUGUUGGCGGUACUGUUGGUAAGCCAGCACCUUCAAUUGUUGCACGUGUAAUGGAUAUUAAGAACGGAAACAAGAUUUUGUAUCAAAGUGGUGACGGCGGGUUUGACAGUCCAGCUGUAAUUCGUCCGGAUACCAUUGUGGAGGGUGAUCUUGUCAUGGGUGGUCCUACCGUUUUCCAGAGCUACUGGAACAAGCCACAAGCCACUAAGGAAACUUUUCUGGAGCAAAAAUCACCUGAGGACGAGCGUUGGUUUAUCACUGGCGAUGUUGCGCGAUAUGAUCCCCAAACUGAUACCCUGUCAAUUCUAGGCCGCUCGUCAAUGGAUAUCAUCAAGUCUGGAGGUGAAAAGCUUUCCGCACUUGAAAUUGAGCGUGAGAUUUUGGGUAUUCCACAGGUGGCUGAGGUCGCUGUUGUGGGCGUUCCAGAUGCUGAGUGGGGUGAAGUCGUGACUGCCAUUUUGGUUUUGAAGCCUUCAUUGACUGAACAACAAAAGAAGGAAUUUACGCUAUCAUAUCUAAAGGGUGAGCUUAAGAAGAAGCUUGCUGGUUGGAAAAUACCCAAGAAAAUGCUUGUGAUUGACAAGAUUCCUCGAAACCAAAUGGGCAAAGUGAACAAGAAGUCUUUGGUCAAAACUUUUUUCCCCCAAGAUUCAAAGCUUUAA